CAUUGUUUAUACUCUUGGUAGAGCAUAUAUAAAAUCCUGUUCUUCCUGAUAUUCGUCAGACCGUGUCCCUUACUGGAAACGUUGCUGUUGGAUUUGGUGAAGAUGAAUAUACAGUUUGUCCUCCUGGUUUUGGGGGUGAAUCUUCAGGCUGUAACUGCAUACCGUAAUGGACUGGUUAGUGGUGCGUGUUCAUCUAUGAUUCCUGGACAUAAUGGGACUAACGUUUCACCAUUAGACCCUCCAUAUACUGUCACCUCAGAUGUCUUAAACUACACUGAUGGGCAGGUGAUCACAGUGACACUGCAAGGAAAUGACACUGGAUUUAAGGGCUUUCUUCUUCAGGCCAGAAAUGGGAUGGGACCAGUAGGAACUUUUACAAUCCUUGGAGACAAUUCUCAAUUACUCAACUGUGGAACGGAGGGCUCAGCAGUCAGUCAUAACUCAAGUAUAUUAAAAUCAACAGUUGUGGCUCAGUGGAAUGCUCCUAACAGUAACAACACGGAUAUUCGGUUCAGGGCAACUUUUGUCCAGAAUUUCUCUGUCUAUUGGGUUGGUGUUGAAAGUCGCCUUAUUACAUACCUGGCCUCAGAUUCUCCAAAUGCAACAGUCCUUCCACCAAAUUCAACAGUCCUCCCACCAAAUUCAACAGUCCUUCCACCGAAUUCAACAGUCCUUCCACCGAAUUCAACAGUCCUUCCACCGAAUUCAACAGUCCUUCCUCCAAAUUCAACAGUCCUUCCACCGAAUUCAACAGUCCUUCCUCCAAAUUCAACAAUCCUUCCUCCAAAUUCAACAGUCCUUCCACCGAAUUCAACAGUCCUUCCACCGAGUUCAACAGUCCUUCCUCCAAAUUCAACAGUCCUUCCACCGAAUUCAACAGUUCUUCCUCCGAAUUCAACAGUCCUUCCUCCAAAUUCAACAGUCCUUCCACCAAGUUCAACAGUUUCCACAACCCAAACGACAGUUCUGUCACCAGCCACCACAAAACCCAACAGCAGUUCAUCAGUGUCUGUCGCAGUGUGUCUUCUUCUUCUGCCUCUGCUGACAAUAAUUUGAAAACUGGAAAAAUCUUUAAUAAAAGACUUUAUUAUAUUACUUUAAAUGUGCCAUUUAAAAAAAUGAAAAUCUGGACAUAGGCAUGACUGAAUAAUAAGACUUCAAUACUUGCUAAAAUUACAUGCUGUGAGCCUCAAACACCAAUGUUUCCCUUUUCUCAUGUAAAUCCUGUGAGUGUAAAAUCUCCUGUGAGGUUAAAAAAAAUGCAUUCAGAACAAAAAACAAACUCUGACGCUCCACACAGGAUCAUUGAUGUGCAUGUCCCAGGUUGCAUUUGAUUGGCCACGAUAUUUCCUAGUGAGAUUACAACAAUGAUAUUUUUUCACUUAAUUUUAAGUCUAUCUAAGCUUAUAUUAAACAUGCUAUGUAUGUAGCACUAGAUAUGUGUAACGAGUGAGGCAGAGAGACUAAAAAGGAGCAGUUUCGUGAAGCAGGCAGCAACCACAGAGCGUUCCCAGCUUGUCAGAACACAAAAUACAGGAUAUACAGAUUAUAAAUUUAUUCAGUGCUAGUCUGAGGUCUGUUUUAAUGUCUAUUAUGUUCAUUUUAACUUGUGUAUUGCAAAAUUUGAAGUGUAUAUUUGUGAUGAGGCAAUGGACAUAUGUAAACUAUUGAGUAUAAGUGUUUAAUGCAUUUUUAUGUAUCACUCAUAUAUCACUCAGCUUUUGUGAGUGCUCUCCUGAGUGAAAGAACUUCAAAACUUUACAACUUAACAAAAGUCAUCUGUUUAGGUAGAGGUUAAUAUUAAUUUCUGUGUGUGCGUUAAAGCGUUAAAAUACAACUCUUAAUACAUCUCUGUCUGUCCCUUUUGUUAAGUUGUAUUAUAAUUACGAGAUAACUCAGGAGCAAACUAGGCUAUUAUGGUUCUUAGAAAAGCAUCUUACUCA